AACACACAAAUACGACAAGGAACGAAGCCGUUGUGCGUCGCAGUAUAAGUGAUAACGUUUUGUGAACCAUCAUGGUUUGAUGUACUUGUCUUCAAUAACGUGUGUCUCAGCUAUAUGGACACGAAGAGCUCGUUUUUAGAGGUAUGUCUAAGUUAGCGUGUUAGCUAGCUAGCAGCGUUAGCUCAGGCAUGGAUUCGCAGAGCAUCAUUGUGGAUGAGGUGGCGUUGGAGGGACUGGACGGGAUUACCAUCCCCACUCUUUGGAUACGACUUGAGAAUACACRGCCAGCGUUCCCCCUGAAGCUCGACGACAGCACCAAGGGGUUCAUCUGGAGGUGUCUGGUCAACAACACCGACUUCAGGUUCUACGAGCUUCCACAGGAGAGAGAAGACGUCGAGCUGUUUGACAGGUUUAAAGCCUUCGACCAAGAUACUGGGACUGAAACAAUAGACAAGACUUCUGAUGGAUGCAGAGACAUUUAUCCAGUUCAUAUCAUUCCUGAGAACAAGGAUGGGUUACAAGGCUCCUGUGCCACCCUCAAAGAGAGGAAGGACAUCACAAAGCAGAUCCGCUCCAAGUCCCUCACCCCGUUGAUUAGCUUGGACGAGGCUCUGAAAAUAUAUGGACGAAAACUYGUCAUCGUGGCUUCUCAGGCUCUGCGAUUUCGUGCUUUGAUCGGAACCGAGAGCGAUCCUGACUUAAAGCUCCUCAGUGAGUCUUACUGCGUGUUGGAAAGAGUGGGUCGAGCUCGUUGGCAAGGAGAGAUGCAAAGAGACCUGCACGGAGGCCUUUUUAAAGCAGAUGCUCGAAAAUUUCACUACUUAAGGAAGUCUCUGGUGAAGCAUGAUCUGAUCACUAUGCAGUCUUACGCCGGACGAAUCAAGUCCGGACAGAUGCAGCACUCCAUUCUUCUCCUGCUCAAACGCUUCCAUGUUAACAGACGGUCCAAGUAUGACAUUCUGAUGGAGUGUGUGUCCAACUUCCUCCAGCAGUCACCUGAACAGUUUGUGACUGUGGACAUUCUCAAACUGUAUCUUAAUCUGAAUGAGAAUUGCUUCAAGCGUUUGUUGCACUACAUGCGAUCUGCCAAGCUGAUUGAGUUUUGCCAGUACCCAUUAGAGGACUUGGACCCCAGUGCUGGACCCUGCACCAAUAAAAAUGGCAGCAAAGUGCUGGUGCGCUGUGUGAAACUACUAAAGCCGUAUGUGAAGAAGAGCGUUGGAAAUGAUGAAGAGGAAGAGGGAGAGGAUGAGGAUGAAGAUGAAGAUGAGGAAGACUACAGCGGAGUGAGAAGAACUGCCCCUUCAGUGGGACGCAUCAUGGAGAGGGACCUGAAAUUGCAGGCGUAUGACAUCAUAUUGUCCUCUGGUACAAAGGGAUGCUCACAGAGAGAUAUUUCUUUAAAAAUGAACAUUGGUCACCUGGAAUCACGUAUGGUGUGGCGAAAGCUCUACAGGGAUGGUGUGGUUAAGGGAUUUAUGGAGGACGUGGGCCGUCAGAGGACUACAAAAUAUAUUAGCCACAAGUAUGUAAAUGUCAGCGAUAAACUCCAGCGCUUUGCUAAGGAGCGAGAGCGGACGUUGCUCCUGUGCUCCUCUGAGCCACAAGGGUUAGAUGCUGAACCCGUCUCUCCUAAAACACCAGAAAUCUCAAAAGUACUUGUAGAUAAAGGCUUCAAAACCUCUUCAGCAAAGGGUAAACGAAAGGCAGGUAGGAGUGGAAGGAAAGAUGCAAAAGAGCAGCAGGUUUGUGAUGGCAGCAAAGAGGAUCCUGGGAAUGAAAAGUCUGGUGUAAAGCGUGGAAAAGCGAGAGCCAAGUCUGGAACAAAAAGGAAAUCAGAGGAUGAAAACCAUGUGACAACAGAACAGACACAACCCGACGCUCCUGUUAUCCAGUCUGCACAAGCUGAAUGUGAAACCUCAGCCUGCACUGAACCCACGACCAGUACGACACCCGACUCUGAGUCUGUUCCUGCACCAGACCAAACUCCAGCUGAGGAAGAAAUUCAGUCAAACUCGGCUCCUGCCAGAUCCAUGCCUCAGAGCGAUGAUGUGAAUGCAGCUGAAAACCCAGCAGACAACAAGAUUGUUGCUGUUGAUAAUAUUUUCAAGUCACAGAGAUCUCAUGAGACGUACCGCCUGCUGAARAGAAGGAACCUAAUCAUUGAGGCCAUUCGUAACUCCAAAAUAAUCGAGGGCCUUUUCCCGCUGCAGAAAUUGAUCAACGAUGAAGAAAAGCUGAAUGGUUUCACUACAAGAUGUUGCAAGAAGACUAUUUUACGCCUCGUCCACACUCUGUACAGAGAAGGCUUGCUUAAGAUUUACACAACCACUAUUAUACAGGACGGGACCAAAAAGAAGGUUGACAUGUUCGUUCAUCCGUCCAUUCAGCCCAACGAUGAGAGAGUGAGCCAACUAAUCGAGCACAUUCGGUUCAAAAUCUCCAGUUCGGCCUCAGCUGUACGUUUGCAGCAGAGUGAAGAUAAAGCCAAAGAAAAACAAAAAGAAAGUCCAACAGCUCCUAAAACACAAAAGAGCAAAGCUUCCAAAAAGCUGGGAGGUGGAAAUGACAAAGACUUCAAGCCGAUAAAAGUUAGUGGACUGGGGAAGACUUUGGGCUUCCAAACCAAGAUGCAGCGUCUGCGUGUGAUCCAUACCUUCCUCUGGUACCUUAUUUACGAUCACCCACUGAGAAGCCGCUUCGCUGAGGCAAACCCGGACAGUAAAACACCAGCAGAGCGGAUCAGCUCCGGUUCUGACGUCAAACCUUCAGACGGUGACGCGCAGCAGGAUCUGAAGGAAACUGAAAGUCCUGAUGUGUCUAAACUGGAGGAAAGCUCAGGUGAUGAAGAGGAGCUGCUGAACGAUGCAUCGCAGCCUGAUCACUCGAACAUGAAAGUAUACGCUGAUGAGGACUCGUGGAAGAGAUUCAUCCCUCCUGUCCGUGUACGCAAGGAUUUUUCCAGCGGCUGGGCGAUGGUUGGCGACAUUCUCCUCUGCCUGCCUCUGUCUGCUUUUGUGCAGUUCACUCAAAUCACUUACAUGGUGGAUGGACUGGAGGAAUACGUCAGUGACUCCGUGAAGCAACACUACCUCCUUAGAUCGCUGCCCGCAAAAACCAAAAGACAGCUUCUUUAUAAACGGAAAUACAUCCACGUGUUUUUCGAGAACCUUCAAAAGCUGGUCUACAUGGGUCUGCUGCAGUUCGGUCCCAUAGAGAAGUUUAAGGAAAAAGAUCAGGUGUACGUGUAUGUGAAACGCAAUGCCACCAUUGUUGACACCACCAGCUGUGAGCCUCACUACUGGCAGGCCACAGAACCACCCGACAAACCUUUUGAGACUCGUCAUUACUCGUUCAGCACCUUAGAGGAUGUGGAGCGCUACUGGUUUGACCUGAUGUGUAUCUGCCUCAAUACACCACUGGGGGUGAUUCGUAGUAAAAGAACUGCCACAGGAGAUGAUUCUCCUCCUCCCGUUGUGCACGACCGCUACGUGUUUACACAUCUGGCACACAUGCUACAGGGCAGCUCUGAAGUGUGUGACGACGGCUCCAUACCAGGAGAUGGGAAAGGAGCGGGAGGUCUGGACUCUGAAUUCUUCGCUCAUCUGAAACGCAACUGGUGGUGGACCAAUCGCCUGCUUGUUUGUAAAAAGAGGCCGAGUGGUUUAGCAGUAGCGCAGACCAAGACGAGACUGAAGAGCCUGCUGAACAGAAAUGCUGUCAUGCUGAAACUUAAAGCCGGACGCAGCAAUUUUCAUCUCGCCAAUAAGCAACCCCUGAUGAUGGAAAAUGUGGAGGUGAAUGUGGAGCCAGCUUCAAAGAUCCGGCAAAUGGUGGGAGGAAAGGGACAGAAGAGGAAAAGAAGUAAAAAGGAAGUCAUUAGGCUCCCACGCAAGAGGAAGAAAGAACCCAGAAUACGUACUCGUGCUCACGAUGAGGCCGACCACAGGGCUUUAAAAAGGAUGACCAAACAGAGAGUUCACUGGUCCGUUCAGGAAGACUCUGUGAUAAUGCUCUGCUCUGUGGCCUCACACCUGCUCAACAGCAAGUUAAAAAGGCCAUUCAUACCGCACUUCAUCGUGAGAGACCUGCUCCACAAGGAGUUUCAGAUUUCCAUGGAUAAAACAUCUGUCGCUGUCGGACGUCGCAAAAGAUACAUCCUGAGAAAUUCUCAAACGUACCUAAACUACAGGAUUUGUCUGGCUGAAGUUUACCAGGACAAAACUUUGAUGAGACAGUUGGAGGACAACAGGCCUGCUGAUCCUGAUAAACCAGAGACCUUCCACACGUACAGUCAGUACGACCAGGAGCUGCUGUGCCAAGUGUUCCUCCGAUGCAGAAGAAGGCAUCUGUUCAACCGUCGGCGUAUCGGUCGGCAGGUGGAGCUGAAGAAGAAUCGAGGUCUGCCCAUCCUGCCCAUGUCCUACCAGCUGUCCCAGACCUACUACAGGCAUUUUUCGUGGCGCUUCCCUCAUUCUCUGUGCACCGAUUCCUUCAUAUUCCUCAGGAGUCUGAUCACCACUGGCCGCGGAGACGAAAGGCCCGUCACGUCAUUCUAUCACGAGACUGAAAACCGGUCUCAGAGCGGCGAGGAGAUGUUGGACAAAACUACGGAGCGGUCGAAAAAAGAAAAGCAGAGCCGAGCGAAAGGAAACGGCAGAAGAGCGAGCGUAUCAGAAACCGAGGCUGCAGACGGAAAGAUCACGAAGGAGGGGGAUGACGGCGAAAACAAAACGCAGACAGAAGAGAAGUUGGAUGUGACCCAUGAGAAAACAGGAGGAAAAAGUAAAUCAGAUGAACAGGAAAACCCUGAAUAUUCUCAAAAGUCUGGAUCUGAUGAUGCUCCAUYGCACAGAGAGCUGACGGAUGAUCAGCACCAAGUAUCUGAGAGUUCAGCUGCUUCCGUCCCAAAAASUCAAGCUUCAGAGGAGCCUCCGGAUGUGUCGGACAUGCUGCGGUUCUCCCUGAACUCCCCAGGUGGAGCCUGUGUGGCGUUUCUCAGUCUCAUGUCUCUGGGACUGCUGAGCGUCUUCGUGUCCAUCCCCAAACAGAUUGUGGUGGUGGACAGCAGCCUGGUGGACAACGAUGUGGCCAAGAGUCUGGCUGCGUUGGAAGAAGAAGAUGACGAUGAUGAUGAGGAAGGCGGUGAGGACUGUGAGGGGAAGAAAAGGCUUCACGUGACUUCACACCAAGCGUCACACACCAACUACCUGCUGAUGAAGGGAUACUGCUCUCCUGGCAUCGUCAAAGUGCGUAACCUGAAUACAAACGACAGCAUCGUGGUGGAGUCGUGUAUUGCRAGGCUGAAGCUGCGCAACACACCUGCUCACCAUUAUUUCAUCAAUCCAAACUCUCCGCCGCUAAACUUGACUAAGUUUGGCCCGUCUCUGCUGCCCUCCAUCCUCACCUCCAACGUCCGAUCACCCACCUCGUCUCCUCUCACUGUGGAGGAGUGCGACAGGCUGUUAAUCCAGGAGAAAGGAUACACCCCUCAGGACAUGGAAGCGUGCGCUCAGCUCAGGAGGAGCUUAGAUGAAGCUGCGGAAAACGGUUUGGAUGCACGGGACCUACAGAACGCUUACAUCCACCUGCAGGAGCCGCAGGCUGGACGCACCCGCAGCCUGCAGCAGUACCUGAAGGAUUUACAAGAGGGCCUCCAGGUGGUCCGAGUGGGCGGUAUAAACAUCCGUUGGGUCCUCAAUCAGCACGCUGACCCGUGGCUGACGGUAAGCUGCAAGCAGCUGCUUCAGUCCCACCUGAUGUCCCAGAGACGUCCUCUUCUGAGGAGUCAACCCAACACCCCCUCCAUCAGCAAGAGAUGUAGCAGAGAACUGCAUCAGGAGACCGAGGAGCCGCCCGCAAAAAAAMCAGCUGUGGACACAGAAAAGGUUUCUGACAGAGAAACUAUAGAUGGAUCAUCAGCUAACGUCACAGAAAAACCUGAUGAGGAAGAACAGCAGAAGGAGACGGCAGAUGAUGGAGACAAAACACAGAAUUUGGAGGAAGUGGGAGCAGGACAAACACGUCCUGAGGAAGAGGAGAAGAUGGAAACUGAGCAAAGGCAGGAAACAAGGAGGAGGUCAAGAAGGAGCAGUUUAGGCAGUAAAGAGGCGGACUCUGGACCAACAGGAACAGCUGAUGAGGAGGAGACUGUGAGUUUCAUCAGCCGCCCGUGGCGUUUCAUUGAUGGAAAGCUGAACCGGCCCGUGUGUAAGGGCAUCCUGGAGGCCAUUCUCUUCCACAUCAUGUCCCGACCAGGACUCACACAGCAGGCGCUGCUGGAACAUUACAAAGAUGUCCUGCAGCCAGUCGCAGUGUUUGACCUCGUGCAGGCACUCAUAGAGAUGGGAUGUGUGACGAAGAAAACUUUGACUAAACCUCCUAAAUGCUCGCUCUUCGCCCGCUCUGCCCCUCAGACAAACAGCGAGGCGACGUUUGAGGAACCUGACACAGUUUUCUACGAGCCCACCAUCAGCUGCUGCCUGCGGCUCUGUCAGGUGUUGCCCAACGAACGACACUGGAACGACUUUACAGCUUGAAAGUUUUCCUCCACCUGCUGUCGCAGUUUUUAGGUUCAAACUGCUAAAAAAAAUAAAAGUCAGGCUGUUGAAAUGCCUAAAGAGUUCAUUUGUUAAGAUUAAAUGUAUUUUUUUUUUUUUUUGCAUAUUUGUUCUUUUUCUUGGACUGUUAAUUUAAAAAAAAAAUAGUUCCCUUUUUUGUUUGGUCAGACUCAAGUUUAAUGUGUAUUUACUUGAAAUUUUUGACGGAGCUUUUACAUCAUUGGGGAUUAAAUGAAAACACUUCAGAGUGACAAGUGUUGAGAAUAAAGUGAUUUUUACAAACAUG